AUGUCUCUUCAUUUGAGGACCUCUUCUCGACGUUUAUUUCUUGGCCCUACUCUAUAUAGACACCAUAUCAACAAAGUUGCUCGGUAUACUACAUCGUCCUCAUCGUCCGCUGACAGCAAUCCUUCAGAUGGCAACAAAAGUAAUGUAGAUCCAACUUCAUCAUCAAAGCAAAGCACACCAUCCCCACCCACAAAGCAGCAGGAACAGCAAGAGACGCCCGUUCAGAAGAGCAUUGUUGCCACAAAGGCCUAUCUAGAGAAACUCCAACAUGACAUGAAACCUCGACUCGAGCCUUACAUAAUGAAAUUGAACCAUGCUUCAGAACAACUAAAGCGCCUUACAUCUGACGUCAGUGAUUCUAAGGAAGCACUUCAAAGGGCAAGCCGUGCCCUGAAUGAGUUGACGGGCUAUGAUCAGAUUGAUGCUGUCAAACAAAAAGUCAAUAAUCAAGCGACAUUAUUCGAAACCACCCGUGAUCAAGUGCAAGCAGCCAAGAGAGCCUAUGAAGAUGCCAUCGAGACUCGAUCAACAACGCAGCGAGGCAUUAACGAACUAUUACAACGCAAACAUUUAUGGACGGGCGAUGAUGUGACGAAGUUCACAGAGCUGUAUCGGUUGGAACAUGCACAUUCACAAGCAGAGACAAUUGCCAAAGAGAAAUAUCAAGCUUGCGAAAAGCAAAUGGAUAGAGAAUACAUGGAAUUAGCACGAUCCAUCAUGGAGCGAUACCACGAGGAGCAGCUUUGGAGUGACAAGAUUCGCAGCGUCAGUACGUAUGGUACAUGGGCAUUGAUGGUGGUCAAUUUACUGCUGUUUGUAGCUGUGCAAACAGUAUUUGAGCCUCGCAAACGAAAGAGAUUGACAGAUCGAUUUGAGGAACUGUUGGUAGCAAAAGUGGACGAAGAAGAGCAGAAGUUCAAGGGUGUCUUUGAAGCCUUGGACGAAAAGGAUCGUUUAUUGAUGCAACAACAAGUAGCUGUCAUGGAGACGUUGAAUGCUUUGACUGAGCAUCCCUUAUUUGAUGAAGAAACAUUAGCUUCGUUAAAGAGAACACAAGAAAAGGAAGAACAGAAAGCAGGCGUGAUGCCUGUGCCUAUAGCCCCCGUUUUGCCAUCUCCUGUGGUGGUAGCAGCAGCGACUGAGGAAUCCACAGUGGAUACCAUUGGCCAAGAACAAGCAACCCCCACCACAUCAAUACUGACCGAAGAGUCAGCAACACCAGUGGCUAUAGAGGAAAACAAGAUUCGACUUGAGAAUGAAGAAUUACGAAGACUAUUGCUCCUCUCGCCAGCCAAUUUUGACGAUGCGCCCUUUUACAAAGAACAGCCUGCCACUGUUGCUUCCACCAUACCCACCCUGCUAUCUAACACACUAGCCAAUGAUGGAACCAUUGCAAUAGGAAAGCGAGAUUUUGUAUUAUAUUCCAUAGAUUGUGCCUUGGUGGGUGGUCUCUUGACAGCCAUCACUGUUUAUUUUCUUCGAUAG